GCUGUUUAAGCGAAAACCGGGCAGGCAAAACAUUGAACUGUGUUUCUGUCUUUGGCAGGAGGAGUAAAUCGCGACUUACAAUAAUUAAGGCAUAGGGAGUUUUUCGUACUUACUGCCCAAUGUUUCAGCAGCGAUUUUCGCGACUUGGUAAUCUACGAAAUGAAAUUUCUCACGCCAUCCGCCACAAAAGCGACUCUAGUCGACAAAGCAGCACACAGUACUGCCUCGAUUUAGUCAGAAAACAUGAUUAUGAGGGCUUUUUGAGUGCUCUUUUAAUCCCAGACGUGACCCAAAGAACUACAGUCAUUGCGCUGAGGGCAUUUAAUGUUGAGCUAGCUUUGGUGGCCCAAAGGGUGAGCAAUGCCGCCAUCAGUCAAGGCCGGCUUACCUUCUGGCAAGAGUGCCUGGACAGAACGAAUCCCCAUCAACACCCUGUCGCCCUGGAGCUUCACCGAGCAAGAUCAAAGCACAAGUUAAACAAAGCCUUUUUGCAAAGACUCGUCACCAGCAGAGUGAAGCAGCUCGAGAAGCCCGGCCACGAAACCCUUGCCGAUUUGGAGCAAUAUGCGGAAGACACGGUCUCACCCCUUCUUUACCUUUCUCUGCAGUCUGCAAGUGCUCACAAGCUAGAUAAUGAUUACAUGAACGUUGUGAACGCAGCUGGUCGGUUGGGCAAAGCCAUUGGCUUGGCCUACGCCCUCCGAGGAUUAGUCCACGCCCGCCACCCCUCAGAGCUAACCAUACCUAGGGACACCUUUCGAAGACACAAAGUUUCUGCCGAGAAAUUCAUCCGGCAGCAAGGGUCUCAGAAGGAAGUGCAAGACGCAGUAUAUGAAGUUGCGAGACGAGCCUUCAGACAUCUAGACAAAGCUAGGACAGCCAAAGUGCCAAAGGAACUGGUUCCGUUCUUCUUAACUAGUGUCCCAAUAGAUCUUUACUUAAAAAGACUCGAAAGAACAAACUUUGACCCAUUUCACCCAAGUUUGAACAAGAGAUUAGUUACCUUGCACUUCAGAAUGUGGUACAAUAAAGUGACAGGAAAAUUUUAACUUUUUCUACUUUAUUUAGUUGGAGGAAAAUCCUUACAAGUUCAAUUAUGCCUUUUUUAUCUGAAAUAUUUAAGAAGCGUUAAAUUGAUUUGACAAUUAUAUUGGUUCAAAUUAUUUACAUUACAAAUACAACUAACAACAGCAUAAAUU